UCUAUCGACAAGACAUACUGGGUGAUUUCUAGGGUUUGCCCUGGCUGCGGUAAAGGAAGAGUAAUCACAAUUAAAACAUCAGGUUUGCGAUGGCAAUAUCUGAAUUGUGGCCCAGCACCUCAAACAAGGCAGGCCAUAUAUAACGAGUCAUUAUGGUGCCAACCCCCUAAUCAAGAAGCCUCGACUUCAUCUAAGAUACCAGAGAAGGAGUAUACUCCGUUUAAGUGUGAAAGAUGUGAACAAGUGUUCAAAACCCCAAAGAGCUUACAACUGCAUCAGCAGUACCGUGCCCUUGAGAAGGGGUUCAAAUGCACUCUUUGCUGCAUGGUGUUUAAUGACCGGGAAAGUCUGCAGAGCCACCUUCAAACCCAUGCUCAUGAACGCUUUUAUAGUUGUGGACACUGUGGAAAGCGAUUCUUAAGACAAGAGACCAUACUGUCACAUCAAAAACAGUGGCAUAGAUCUGUUGGUUCCAAGACUUUGAGUAGAUCUGAGGAAAAUCGAGGAAAUAAUAUGGACAGGUCUUAUCCUUGCAAAAUUUGCGGCUUGAGCUUCUUUUGGUUGUCUGACUUGCAAAGCCACCUAAACAGUCAUUCUCGCAUCAGCAGGCCAUCUAGUGAUGUAACACAAAAACAGGAAAUGCUCGGGGAAGAAGAAAGUAAGAAAAAUGUCAGUAAUUCACUCAAUGAGCCAUGUCGGUGUGGCCUGUGUGGGGAACAUUUCAACCAAAUUUCAGAUUUAAGAGCGCAUCAUAAAACACAGCAUCCAGAUGAGGUUGAAGUAAAGGACUCUUCAGGUUUACCGGCUAAGAUGAAACGGCAGUACCAUAGUGUAAUGCGACAAAUGGUUACUAAACCGCAAAAGCAGCGAGUUGAUCCACUAAGGUCAAGCAUAAGAGGAAGGCCUAGAGGAGUGAGCAGAGCCAAUUUUAGUGGUAAAAUAUUUUCCUGCAAACUCUGCCAUCAUGUGUUUUUACACUCAAGCAGUCUUUCUCGUCAUAUGCGUUACCAUAAGGGAACUCUGCAUGCCUGUGUUUACUGUGGAAGACACUUUCCACAAAGAUGUGAUGUCACAAGGCAUGUGGCCAUGUACCACAGUUCAGCGCUUCAACCUAAGGCUCCUGGGGAGUCAGAGACAGAACAUGAGGUUAAAAACCAUGAACAGGAACCUGUGAAAGCAUCAACACAAACAAAAAGUGAUAGUAAACAAGAAGAACUUGAAGAAGAAAAUCAGCCUGCAUCCAAGACAGAUGACCUGUUACUUGGUUCUCCUUAUAAGGGAACUUACAAAACAAGGAUGAAAUACAAAUGCAAAGAAUGUUGUAGAGUCUUUGGGCUACUUAGUGUUUAUCGGCGACACAUGUAUUACCACAAGCGAAGUCCCUGCAAGGUUCUGCUCAGUUGCCCUCUCUGUCCAAGCCGCUUCACGUUCCUCUCUGCUUUAGAUCGCCAUCUUGAAUAUCAUCAUAAAGGAGACUCUAAGAAUGAUGGCACAAAACCUCCUGAGACUAAUAUAGUUGAUUCCAAAAGUCAGCAAGGAGAAGCUGAUGCUGAAAAGCCUAAUAAAAAUGCUGAUAAUGGCAUGUCGUUGGAAAUAGUAAAUGAAUCCACUGAAUGUUCUCAGACCUAGAGAUCCACAAAAUGGCCAAAAGUAUAUGGACACCCUUAUGUAAUGAACAGGUUUGGCUAUUCCAGCAAUUUCAGUGAAGACAAAUAUAAAUGCUCAACUAUAAAAUGAAAUAUUAUGUGCUUUCAAUUUUGUCUCAACAGCGAGGACCCUUUUUCUAUUCCAGCAGGGCAAUGACCCUGUGCACAAAGCAAUGCUCUACUGUUUCCCGUGUUGAAGAAAGUGAAUGACAUGCACAAAUCCACUACUGAGCACAUUUGGGAUGGAUUGGGAAUGCAGACUGUGAGCCAGAAUUUUUUUGCUUGAUGUUAUUGCCUGACCUUCUUGAUGCUCUUGUGUCUGAAGCAAGUCCCUGCAACAGUCUUCCAUUCCAGAAGAGUGGAGUUUUGUUAUAGCUGCAAAAGGAGUGAUUAAUGUCAUACUUUUGAAAAUAAAUGGUUGACAAGAGCAUCAGAGCAUCAUUUACCCCAAAGGCAUUUAGGUCUUCAUGCAAACUGGCACUGUUCUUUUGGAAAAGAAAAGGGCCCUCCCCACAUAGUUGCAACAAAGUUGGAAGCACAGAAUACUCAAGUAGAUCAUUGAAUAGUAUGGUGUUAAGAUUACAAUUCUGACCGGAAUGCCUGGAGAAAAGCCUUUCUAAUAACUGAUCAUUAGAGGAGAGUGUCCACAAUGAAGAUAUAAUGUAUAUCAAAAUGUUCAGAAUGCUCA